CCUCGGUCACACGCUUGUCAUCAUGAUGGAGGAAACGCAGGAGACUGUAGCAGCCGAGUGAAGAGGACUGAACGCUGCGGCUCCGCCACAUCCACACCGCUCGUUUCACCUGGUGCUGUUUGUAAAGAAACCCGGAUCCGGACUCAGCUCAGCGAGGACCCCGGAGGACUCCCAGCCGCAGACAUGAAGCACUUCCUCAGAGUGGUGACCCAGUUCUUCGUAUUCCUCUACUGUAAACUGCUGUGGAGGGGCCUGAAGUUUGUCGCCAGGAAGUUGACGGGACGCUGCGAGCUGCAGAGGAUCUGCUACAACAACAAGCAUGGAGCCCGCAGGACCCUGAAGAUUGAGUCGUCCCUGAGGUACUCCAAGAAUGGGCUGCUACAGUCGGCCCUCAGUGUCCAUCCUGAUAAAGUGGAUAAGACCAUCGACGACAUCAUGGCCUUGAAGAAGAUUAACCCGGACACCAACCCACAGCUGGGCAUCUCUCUGCAGGCCAGUCUGCUGCAGAUCGUGGGCUACCGGAGUCUGGUGAUGGAGGUGGAGAAGCUGCGCAGGGAGCCGUACGACUGUGAAAACUCGGAGCACGAGGAGAUGCUGAUGAAGCUGUGGAAGGAGCUGCGUCCCGACACACCUCUCACCGGACGCAUCUCUAAACAGUGGUGUGAGAUCGGUUUCCAAGGCAGCGAUCCCAAGACCGACUUCAGAGGAAUGGGUCUGCUGGGCCUCCAUAACCUGCUGUAUUUUGCCGAGCACGACAAGGCCACUGCUCUGCAGAUGCUCAACGACUCCCUGCAGCCGAAGCACAAUGAGAUUAACAAGCCUGAAUGGGAACAGAAGAACCUUGACAAGGCUAUUGGUUACUCGUUUGCCAUCGUGGGCAUCAACAUCACCGACCUGGCUCACUCUCUGCUGGUGAGUGGAGCUCUGAAGACUCACCUGUACAACGUGGCCCCGGAGAUGCCCAGUCUGCCGCACCUCCAGCAGACCUUCUGUUACCUGAUGCAGGAGUUCCACCGCUUCUGGGUCGAGGAGGAUCCCAGCGACAUCAUGGAGUUCAACCGGGUUCGCUCCAAGUUCCACCGGAGGAUCCUGCGACAGCUGAAGAACCCGGACAUGGCUCUGUGUCCCCACUUCGCCGCCUCCGACCUCCACCUGGUCAACCUCUAAACACACACACACACACACACACACACACACACACACACUGACACCCUCACCAUCCCCCCACUGAGCCAAGCAGAGCCCCCCCCGUGUCUGCCAUCUGAAAAUCAGAAAACUGGACACAUGUGGGGAGGCUCUGGUCCUUGUCUGCUCCGCCCACCUCGUCCCAGCUAGCGUCAUGUCGCGUCACUGCCAACAGCUCACACACACACACACAGACACACACAGCUACACACACAUGCACUGCCUCUGCGCCCUCACUGCAGCGUCAGACCACCAGCACCAGAGACGACCAUAGCGAUUGUAGCUGUGCAUGAGGAGGCUGCACCCCCCCCCACACACACACAGACUCAUCGUCACCUGUUGCUUUAAUGAUUCAUGACGAUUGUAUCACUCCCAAGGUUUAACUCACUUAAACCUUUUGCUUAUUUUAACAACAAACCAAAUCUUACUUUCCGAGCCCCUAAAAAAUGAUCUAACCCCAAGUGAUCAUCGGAUCAGAAAAUUCUGUCAAUCAGCUGCUCUGGUUUUUAAACUGAAGAGCUGUUGAGUUAUAAUGUACAUAAUGAAGAGAGAGAGAGAAGUGAAGCUGGUGCUGAUUCAAUCAAACCUCCCGGGGCCGGCUCGUCUCUCGACUCCGCCUGUUUGAGGUCAAUACUACAGAUUGAACUGUAGAUUCUUAUCAUGUCUACAUGACAUGAACACCUAAGACUCCUACUUGUUGCCAAAAAACAGUUUAUGGGUUUUUUACCCCGUCUUUUAUUGAAGAAUGUGGUUUUUCAAUUGAUUCCAUGUUCAGGUUUUUUUUAUGCUUUCGCUCAAAGUCACUGCUUGUGCUCAGAUUGGCUCUGCUUGUGCUCGAACACGGACUUCAGACUGAUUCCCUGCGCUCUAGCUUCAGCUCUUGCAUUUCUCCUCUUCUUUUUAUUUUGAUUUAUGGAAAAAGUCCUUCAGUAUUCCCCAAACAACAGUAAGUCAGGUGAAGUGAUGGCGAAUGAAAUUGAGCACGAGGAAGAGCAAAUCACACCAGAUGAAGCACAAGCAGGAGCCAGUGAAAGCAUCUGAAUGUGAAAUCAACAAUCACACAUUAACAAACCACGCUCUUUAAUAAAAGUAGGAAACAAACACAUGCAAACCACGAAUGUUGAGAACUUUAAAUCCAAGCAGCGGUUUGUUUCUCAUGAGCUCAAAUCUAAGUUUUGUAAACCUGUUAAAUAAUUCUCAUAAAGUUUUUUUUCAAAUAACUUGUUUGGUUGAGCUACAGAUUUUUUAAAUUAGAAGCAAUACUAUUAAUAUUUAAGACUCAUUUAUUCCCUUCUACGUGUCUACGCUGAAGAAACUAAUUUGAAAUAUUUUAUGAUUGUUGCUUUUACAGGUUUACAAAAAAUCUUUUGCCUUUUUUUGACUCCAUGCAUUUAUUGUGUCACGAAUGUUUCUCACGCUCACGAUUGUUUGAUUCUAUUAAUUCCUUCAUUGAAUGUGACACUGUGUCCACUGUUGUAUCAGCCAAAGCAAUAAUUUACAUUCACUCCACCGCACAUCUCCGAGCCUCAGUGUUUUGCUCUCGGACUCCGAGCUGGAAUAAUAAUGAUCGGAACAGAAGCUGCUGCUUGUUUUAUUUAAUAGAAAUGAGAUAUAACUGAGUCAUGAGCCUAAUGAUGGUGAACACACAUCUGACUGCUUCUCGUAAUGUCCAGGUUUGGGGGGGAGCGUCUUUGUGACAGUAAAAACCUGUUGGUCCUCCUCAGUGAGGUCAGAUGGGGGAUAAUGGGAACCAGUGAGGUCAUCGUGUCCUGGGAAUGAAAGUGGUUUCAGAUCCUUUCCACUAUGACGUCAUUUGCUUCAAGUAUUUCUGUCGAUUUUGACCCCGAUUUAUUAUCAUAUAAUGCUUUUUCUUUCCUCUAGUGUGUUAUAAAGGUUUUUCUGUGAUUAUAAAAACCUGAGCGGCGUGAACCACAGCGCCACCCAUUGACCGUACAACGGAAUUACAAUUUAACCCCCAAAACCCCUAUUCACCACCAUAAAUCAGAAGGGAGGUGAACGUGACAAUUAAAAGGCUAAAGAUGGAAACGUUGACCAGCCACUCAAUGUUUAGAGGAGUCUACACAGACACAUGUCACUGUCACUGCCUUUAUUCAGUUUUUCACCAGUUCUCCACCAGUUAAUCAAUUAAGAGGUAAAAUGGUUGAUUAAUUCACAUCAGAAAUGUGAGGAACAUCUAUAAAACAUUAUUUAAUUUCACUGAGAGAAUCCUUCACUGUCUUUGAUUAUUAUCUCAGCUCCGAGUCACACUUUUGAUUUUCACUGAACGACAAGUGAAACAAAAGCUUAAAUCUGUCUCACGUCUUCUUCUACUUCACCGUGUUGCUUCUCGUCAACACGCGACCACCGUGUUCGUCACACGCGAGCGAUGGCAUCGUGCGUUCGAUGCCGACGGCUCCGACUAAUAUUCUUCUCUCUUUUGCUGCCAUGCCUGCACUUGUUGAUUGUGUUUGAAUCGUGUGGAGUAUCUCUGUCUCAUUGAAGUGAAUGUCAACGCUUCUCGUCAGUAUUUACGCAGCCGUUUACUUCGCUGAACGUCAGUCGCUGGUUCCAUCUCCUGCUUGCAACUUCCUUUACUCUGCUAUGGUCAGCUGAAAAAAAAAGAAGCAGUUUCCUUUGUGAUAUAGUGAAUUUAGAGAUUUGUGGUAUUUGGAGUAUGAGGGCCGACGUGUCUCCGGAUCCUUUAGAUGAAGUUAGCUACAUGCUGCUGUAUAUUCUGCUUCGAAGCUGCCUUGAAGACUGCGAUCUGCAUGCUGAUGAUUUCCAGUGUUCUUCAGUAAAGCCCAAAAUACAGUACUCCUGGAUAUUGUACCGAUGUGCUUCGUUUGUCUGUGUUGUCCUUUUUGAGAACACAAUAAAAAACUGAUCAUUGA